AUGGCGAGCCAGCUCCCCCUUUCCCAGCGAGCCGCGCCGCUAAAACCCUCUCCCGCCCCCAUCGUGGUGCUCCCCAAAGGGCUACCUCCAUCUUAUGCUGCACAAAUACCAGCGAGAUACUGGCGAACCAUCUCCCGCCCCCAUCGUGGUGCUCCCCAAGCCAUGAUCCUCUCCCCUCUUUGCCGUGGUGUAAGUGGUGCGGGGAGGCCCGUGUGCCGUCGAGGGAGAUCUUGGCCAUGGGCCAUGAGUUUGGACUUCACAGUGGCCGCUGCUCAUUCCGCCACCGCGCUGCGUGCCCUCACUGCCGACUGCACCCAGUCCGCCUCCGUUGUGUCCUGCGCUGCGUCGGCAUCCCAUUUCCCGCAGGACCAUGGCCCCGUGGCGUCGACGUCGUCGACCACAGCAAUGCCGACGCUGCCCGGGAUGUGUACUGGGCUGAGGCUCUGUGAUACGAGUAGAUCAUCCAAGAGGAUUCGCACUUGCGCAUAA